AAAAAAAUAAAAUUCUGCUUGGAUAGACCAUGAAAGAUAGGUCCGGUUUUGAGGAAGACAAUGGUAGCGGUGAAAAUCGCUGCAAAUCAGAGAGGCAGAUUGACUUCUUCUCCAUUCCGUUUUAUCCACUCCGCGAAGUUCACCUCUCCAGCAUCACAUUCAACUCUUUCCUCAAAAGAAUCUCUUUGUUCUAAAGCAGACUAUCAAUUGCUCCUAUGCAGUCUUGAAGCAUGCAAAAAUCCCCCCAAUUUAAGGAUUACGACCACAACACAUUGCAAAAUGAUCAAAUCGAGCUAUGCAAUGAAUCCAUCACUUCUGCGGUUGUUAAUAAUAGCAUAUAUAUCCUGUAAUUACCUGGACCCUGCCCGCGAACUGGUCAAUGAAAUUUUGGAAUGGAAUUUUGAUGUCGUCUCUGGAAAUUUGAUGAUUGUGAGUUUCAUGAAGGUGAAGGAAGUUGAUGCUGCAAAGUCAAUAUUUACCAAAAUGCCUUCCCGGGAUGUGGUCACGUGGAACUCAAUGAUUGGAGGUUAUGUAAAAAAUAGGUUAUAUAAUGAGGCGUUAAGUGUUUUCAAGAAGAUGCUUAUAUCUGAUAAGGAACCUGACCCAUACACAUUUGCAUCUAUAAUGACAGCAUGCGCGAGACUAGGGGAUAUCAGUAAUGCUAAGUAUGUCCAUAAUUUAAUGAUCGAGAGAAACAUCAAACUUAAUUACAUCUUAUCAUCUGCGCUGAUUGACAUGUACUCGAAGUGUGGAAACAUUGAGACUGCGAGAGAGAUUUUUUCCCGCGUGGACCGUGGUAACAUUUGCGUUUGGAAUGCAAUGAUUAAUGGGCUUGCGACACAUGGUCUUGCUUCAGAAUCCGUUAAGGUUUUCUCAGAAAUAGGGACCAAAGGUGGCGUUCGCCCUGAUUCCAUAACAUUCAUUGCACUUCUAACCGCUUUUAGUCACUCUGGGUUGGUUGAGGAGGGAAAAAGACAUUUUUAUUUAAUGAAAGAAGAGCCAUUCUCGGUUCAACCCCAACUUGCACAUUACGGGGUGAUGGUUGAUAUUCUCGUGAGAGCGGGACUUCUUAGUGAAGCUUAUUUGAUGAUAAAGGAGAUGCCAAUGAAACCCGAUGUGGUUAUAUGGAGGACAUUUCUAAGCGGUUGUAGGAUCCAUAAGAACUCCGAGCUUGGGGAACUCGCUGCCGCCCAAAUAUCACACCUCAGCAGUGGAGACUACGUGUUGAUGUCAAACAUAUAUUGCUCUGUGAAUAAGUGGGACAGUGCAGAGGAGUUGAGACUUGCAAUGAAACAAAAAGGCGUGCGUAAAAAGCGAGGGAGAAGUUGGGUGGAAAUCGGUGGCAUCAUCCAUGUGUUCAAGGCAGGCGACCGAUCCCAUCCGGAAAGCAGCGCUAUAUACAAAUCAUUGGAUGUGUUGAUUAAACUAACAAAAAUGAAGGGGUUUCGUCAUGAGACAGGGUUGGUAUUGAUGGAUAUAUCUGAGGAGGAGAAGGAAGAGAAUUUGGAUUUGCAUAGUGAAAAGUUGGCAAUUGUUUAUGGAAUCUUGAAGACUGGUGUUGGGGAUUGUAUUCGGGUUACGAAAAAUCUUCGCACUUGUCCGGAUUGUCAUUCGUGGAUAAAGGUGGUUUCAAAGGUGUUGAAUAGAGUGAUCGUUGUGAGGGACCGUGUUCGUUUCCAUCACUUUGAAGGCGGGUUCUGUACUUGUGCAGACUUCUGGUAAUUGCUUUUCCUAAGGAAAUCUGCCAUUUUAGUAUUUUGUAAGGGAAGUUCAGCUCCUCAACACAGAGCAUGCUUAUAGAGACGCCACAGGAAAAAAGGAAGGCAGGAGGAUGUCAUGAAUCCAGCUUUGCCUAAGGUCUUUACAAGCACAACUUAGUAACCUAUGGAGUAAACAUGUCCGUAAUAUCUCUCUUUUGCGUUAACUGUUGGAGUUAGACUUGAAGACCCGGAGACCAGUCCAAAGUCAAACAGGGGGAGUGCCCAUUUCUUUCUAAAAUGAAGUGCUUGGCGAGGUAAAAGCAGUGCACACCCAAGCAUCAGCGGACAGCACUUGGAGCUAGUUGUUGACCUUUUCAUGCCCCUACUUGGUUGGAAAUGUUUCUACCUUUCUGUUCUGUGCUUUUACCAAUACACCGAUUAAUAAAAAGUGGGGGCUUUUGAUGCUUUUGGCAGCUUGUAAUCUUGUAUCAUCUUAAUUGUUUUUGUUUUCUUCAACUUUCAAGCAAAGUCCAGAUAUUCAUGGUUUUACUAUUAGUUAGAGUACUAAAAAGGUGCUAAGAUACCC